GACUUCAGCUUGUAGUGAACAGAAGGCGUAUAUGGGGAGAGAUUUUUAUUCCGUUCUUGGGGUUCCCAAGAAUGCCUCGGUGGAAGACAUCAAGAAGGCUUAUAAAAGGCAAGCUCUUCUGUUUCAUCCAGACAAGAAUAAAAACUCUGGAGCAGAAGAAACGUUCAAAAAAAUAUCUGAGGCCUACUCAGUGCUAACAGAUCCGGACAAAAGAAGAAUAUUCGAUAGCUAUGGCGAAGAAGGGCUCAAGAACGAAUGUGGCGGGUUUGGUUUCCCUCCAUUCACAGACCCCGCGCACAUCUUCCGCGACGUUUUUGGCAAUGAUCCUGAUUUUCAGUUCUCAGACUUCAUGGAUGGAGAUUUUAACCCCAAUUUCUCUCGCUUGUUUUCUACCUCACGGAACUCAUCAACCUUUGGAGGCUUUAAACAUUUUUGUGAUGAAGAUUUUGACUUCCCCUGUCCUGAGCCAUUUAAGAAACAACCUGUUCGAGAUCCUCCUAUUGAGACCAACCUACAAGUUUCCCUUGAAGAACUUGACACUGGAUGCACAAAACAACUUAAGCUAACCAGACAAGCCUUAUCUCCCAGUGGACAGGCUUCUCCUGAAGAAAAAAUUCUGACAAUUGAAGUCAAACCUGGCUGGAAGGCAGGAACAAAAGUAACCUUUGAACAACAUGGAGAUCAGAAACCAGGAGUAAUUCCAGCAGACAUUAUUUUUGUUAUAGGGGACAAGCCCCACCAAUACUUUAAAAGAGAUGCUGAAAACAACCUCCUCUAUACAGCAAAAGUGGAUCUGCGUGAUGCUCUUUGUGGAUGUGUACUUCAGAUUCCAACUAUUAAGGGAAGAUUCUUAGCAGUGCAGCUAAAUGAGGUUAUACAACCAGGAACACAGAAAAGAAUUCCAAAUGAAGGUCUCCCUCUGCCGAAAUUUCCAGGAAAAAGGGGGGAUAUGAUAGUGACAUUUGACGUAGAGAUCCCUACAAAUUUGACAAUGGAACAGAGACAGCAUAUUGCUGGCUGUUUUUAGAGCAUUUUGUGAGCAUAGAGUUUAUCACAAUAGUGAAGAAGACUGCCAAUAAUAGAAAGAUUAUUUCCAGUUGGUAGCAUGAUGAAUGUAUUUUUUGUAUAGGUUGUUUAAAUCAUAUAUUUUUCAAAUGAUAUUUUUCCUGCUUAAUUGAUACACAAAUUAUGGCACAACUCUGUUCAUAACUGAUCUUCAUGUGACUUUACUUAUUUUGGUGUUGAAAUAUUAUUACAGUUGUUUUCUUUCAGUGUAUAUCCAUUUUCCCCUUGUAAACUUACAACUGUAGCUUUUUCUUAAGCAAAAAUCUCUCUCAAUUUUUUUUAAAUUCAUACCUAUCUUUAAAGCUAUUUUUUUUCAUGUGUUGGUAGCAAGAAGAGAGAACACCAUGGAAGUUUUUAGCAAAUGAGUGAACAUUAUAAAUUAUAACAGUUAUUAUUAUUGUUGUUUAGACAAAAAAAUGUCUUUGUUUGUCAAAAUGCAGCUUCAUAUAAUGUGUGUGAGGUUUUAUGAGAAGUUGACAAGGCAAGUUUAGCUGGCUGCACUUUGAGUUAUUGCAUAACAAAGCGUUGGCUUAAACUGUAUAGAGUUAAUAUAUGCCUAAUAUUUAUCUUAUGGACUUAUGAUUGUAGAAAACUCAAAUAUUUAGGGGAGAGGAUGUAUUGUUGUAUAAAUAUGUUAUUCUUUUUGGUUCAUGGAUUGCUGAAUGUCAAAAUUAGCUUAGGUAUUAUUUGACAUAAAGUGUUUAAAUUGGCAAUUUUAAAAUUGGUAUCACAGUCACUACUGCCAUAGUAAAUACUUGGUAAUUUCAGCAAGCAAAAUAUUUGUUGAUAAAUCAACAAGUCUAAUAUUUUAUGGUUGGUAGAUGUUCAUGACAAUGUUGCAAUAUAUUGUAAAAUAAGAUUGUUUUGUAGGUUUCUCUGAAGUUUUUUUAUUAGAUUGGGUGUGAUUGUGUUGUUGUCAUCAGCGGCUUUUUGUUAUUAGGCUCAGCCAGGUGCUCUCUUUGGCAAAUUUAUGUUUUUAACUCAGUUUAAAGGUAUAAUUAAAAAAUGUCAGAAUGCAUUCAUAAUUGCAUUUACAUUAAUAAAUUAUACUUGAUUUGUUUUGCAAA